CCAGUUUCGUUAGGUGUCGCACGUUCAGUUCAGCCCUGCUCUAUGCGGCUUUUUUGCAGAAGGAAAAGAAAAGUUCCCGGCGACAUUAAACCGAGAGCAGCGGCCAUGGGACGCUUUUGCCCGCACUUCCCAGGCUGAUUCCCUCACAAACCGAUCGACGGACGGACCGACCGACGUGAGACGCACCGAUCGACUCUAAGCGGUAGAAAGCAGGGGAAGGGGGCUAAAGGCGCGCCGAGCCGGGACGGGAUAAGCGGCUCGGGGAAGGGAUUCCCCCCCGCCCAUGUCCUCCUCCUCCUUUUCCUCCUCCUCCGAGUUCCACUCCAACUCGAGAACCAAGAUGGCGGCCGACUCCGUGCAGGGUGACGCCAGGAGCCGAGUGGUCUCAGAGCGCCUGGGCCUGGGUCACAACCUGGACCUGUCGGACACCAUGGUGCAGCAGAAGCUGGAUGAGAUCAAGGACCAGAUCCGGCGGGAGAUCCGCAAGGAGCUCAAAAUCAAAGAGGGUGCGGAGAACCUGCGCAAGGUCACCACUGACAAGAAGAGCUUGGCCUACGUGGACAACAUGCUGAAGAAGUCCAACAAGAAGGUGGAGGAACUUCACCAGGAGCUGCAAGAACUCAAUGCACACAUCGUUGUGAAGGACCCCGAGGACCUCCUAGAGUGCCCACUCACGCCAGACACCCCCAACAGCGAGGCACGGACGUGCACAAGCAACAGCAGGCUCGCUGCCUUGAAGAAACAGAAUGACAUCGAACUGAAAGUGAAACAGGGGGCCGAGAACAUGAUCCAAAUGUACUCAAAUGGCUCCUCGAAGGACCGCAAGCUGCUGGCCACUGCUCAACAGAUGCUCCAGGACAGCAAGACCAAGAUCGAGUUCAUCAGGAUGCAGAUCCUGAAGGCCAGCCAGACGAGCGAGAUGAACUUCGAGAGCAACGACGGAAUGGCAAAGCCCAUCAUUAGCCCUCUGGACCUGCGGCUGGAGGAGCUGCGGCACCACCUGCGGAUCGAGUACGCUGUCGCCGAGGGCGCCAAGAACGUCAUGAAGCUGCUGGGCUCCAGCAAGGUCACGGAGAAGAGGGCACACUCCGAGGCCCAGGCGAGGUUCAACGAGUCCAGUCAAAAGCUUGACCUCCUGAAGUUCUCCCUGGAGCAGAGGCUGAGCGAGCUGCCCAAGAACCACCCGAAGAGCAGUAUCAUCACCGAGGAGCUGGCGCUCGUGUCCUCACCGGCACUCAGCCCCCGGCAGAGCAUCAUCUCCACGCAGAACCAGUACAACACGGUUGCCAAACCAGCAGCCCUCACAGGUACGCUGGAAGUGAGACUCAUGGGCUGCCAGGACCUAUUGGAGAACGUCCCUGGACGCUCAAAGGCCACGUCGGUGCCACUGCCCGGCUGGAGCCCCAGCGAGACGCGCUCCUCCUUCAUCAGCCGCGGCAGCCGGAUUAAAGGGGGCAGCAGCCGCAGCCUUUCCAAAACAGACGACCUGUCCAAUGAGAUCAGUGCCGUACUGAAGCUGGACAACACAGUGGUGGGACAGACGAGCUGGAAACCGGUCAGCAACCAAGCCUGGGACCAGAAGUUCACGCUGGAGCUUGACCGGUCCCGCGAGCUGGAGAUCUCCGUGUACUGGCGGGACUGGCGAUCUCUUUGCGCCGUCAAGUUCCUCCGCCUCGAGGACUUCCUGGACAACCAGCGACACGGCAUGUGCUUGUACCUCGAACCCCAGGGCAUGCUGUUUGCAGAGGUUACAUUUUUUAACCCGGUUAUCGAGAGGAGACCCAAACUGCAGAGGCAAAAGAAGAUCUUCUCAAAGCAGCAAGGAAAGACCUUCCCACGCGCCCCACAGAUGAACAUCAACAUCGCCACCUGGGGCCGUCUGAUGAGGAGAGCCAUUCCUUCCAUGAACAACUCCUUCAGCCCCCAGGUGUCAGAGCUGCCGGCCGAGCCCAUGUCCCCCGUCCAGCCCGGCUCUCCCUCCUCCACCAGCAGCGACCCCUCGGUGACCCGUCAACUGGACUUUGACAGAGAGCCCACCCCCAUACCCAAGCGCAACUCUUUUCCAGUGGAGAUCCGAGAGCCGCUGCCCGAGCACAAGACGCCCGACAAGGAGGAUGUGAAGGACGCGCUAGCGAAGUUUGACUUCCUGAACGACAGGAACAGCAUCGUUGGCAAGCCAGACCUGGACAGCGCGGUGAAGCAGGAGGCCCAGCAGUCGGAUCUGGAGCUCAUAGCAACCACGGAAAUAAGGGACGAGGAGCAGUUCCAGUUCAGCCUGACAGACUUCAAAUGCGUCGCAGUCCUUGGCCGCGGCCACUUUGGAAAGGUGUUGCUUGCAGAGUACAAAAGCACAGGAGAAAUGUUUGCAAUCAAGGCCUUGAAGAAAGGAGACAUUGUGGCCCGUGAAGAAGUGGACAGCCUGAUGUGCGAGAAGCGGAUCUUUGAGACCGUGAACAGCGUGCGGCACCCGUUCCUGGUCAACCUGUUCGCCUGCUUCCAGACCAAAGAUCACGUUUGCUUCGUGAUGGAGUACGCAGCAGGGGGCGACCUCAUGAUGCACAUCCAUGCCGAUGUAUUUUCCGAGCCCCGGGCCGUAUUUUACGCUGCUUGUGUGGUACUUGGAUUACAGUUCUUACACGACCAUAAGAUCGUAUACAGAGACUUAAAACUGGACAACCUGCUCUUGGACACCGAAGGCUACGUAAAGAUUGCGGACUUUGGCCUUUGUAAAGAAGGAAUGGGAUUCCGAGACCGAACGAGCACAUUCUGCGGAACCCCAGAAUUCCUGGCUCCAGAAGUGUUGACAGAAACCUCGUACACGCGUGCAGUGGACUGGUGGGGGCUGGGAGUGCUCAUCUUUGAGAUGCUGGUUGGCGAGUCUCCAUUCCCUGGCGAUGAUGAGGAAGAGGUGUUUGACAGUAUUGUCAACGAUGAAGUUCGCUACCCAAGAUUCCUCUCAACAGAAGCAAUUUCGAUUAUGAGGAGGCUUUUGAGGAGAAAUCCAGAGAGACGCCUUGGAGCGGGAGAGCGUGACGCAGAGGAAGUGAAGAAACAUCCGUUUUUCAGAAAUGUCGACUGGAGUGGGCUGCUGGCCAAGAAAGCGAGGCCUCCAUUUGUGCCCAUCAUCCAAGGGCGCGAGGACGUCAGUAACUUUGACGACGAAUUCACCUCAGAGGCCCCAGUCCUCACCCCGCCGCGGGAGCCCAGGGUCCUCACCGAGAAGGAGCAGGAGAUGUUCAGCGACUUUGACUACAUUGCAGACUGGUGUUAACCCCUUCUGCCCUCCUGACUGUGUGAAUCACCACAGGUGACCGUGGCUGGCAGCAGAUCCGGAGUUACAGUUGCGCUUCGCUCCGCUCCAGCCCGCUGUUGCACUCUGUGCCAUUUAAGGGACCUGCAAAUAUUUUUUUUAACAAAAUGAAGAUUUUUUUUUUUUUUUUUUUAAAAGAAAAAAACUUGUCGCUGGGAUGCUGAGAGAAGCAGUCGGACUGAGUGCGUGUCAUUUUCAUGUUGUCUGAGCACUGGGAACAUUUUAACUGAACUAGUUCAGGAGACGGCACCAUAAUCAGUCCAAAAACAGUGAUCGUUGCUCCUUUUCAGUCAGCGCUGCAUGAUCGAAACAUCCACUUCCUGCCCCACGUUCCCCUCAUUUAUUUGCAAACUUUCUGCCUUAGGUGACAUUGUCAUGCAGUGUUUUCUUUGGGGCCAGAAUGUGCCACUUCAAGACUUUGAACAAAACAAUUGUUUCCUGUCAGGUGAACAGCAGUUUAUAUAUUGAACCUUUUUUUGGUCAGAUUGGAGUUUUCCCUUCUAUCAACACUAUUUUGAUCAUUGCCUUUUUAUAGUAUUUGUCUAUUUUAGAAAUGCCUUAUUUGAUCUUAUUGUUGAUGAAAGGCUUCUAUCAACCAGCAGACAGGUACAGAGACCUACCAAAGUCCAUGUCUUUGACCAGUUUAAACUGAAUUUCAACUGGAAACAGGACAUAUCUAAAUUCAACAAUCUAAGAAGUUACAUGCAACAUGGUGCAGCUGCAUGCUUAAAAAAGUGGUAUUCAGAUGCGUGUGUUUUUCAUAACAUCUUUAUCCCCUCAAGCGAGGGGGAAAAAAAUGUAAAUCAUAGUUUUAUAUUGUAUUAUAGAAUACCAGAAUUUUGAAUCUGCUGUAGGAGGGGACAUGAUUUUUUUAAUACAUGGAAUGGAUGUAUGGGUAUGUCAGCAUUGGAAAGGUAGCGCAGAAGAUAAAAGCCAUUCUGGACCUCUUAAACGGAAUGUAAAAAAAUGUAUAUUCAUAAAGUGAAGUGUAUAUUUUAGCAUUUUACAUGCCAAAGCAGGCUUUUUUUAUGUGUGGUCAUCUGGAAUGCUUACUUCUGGCUAUGUUUAGGACUUAGGUUGUGACCGAUCAGUGCCCCAAGCGAGCUGCUGGUUUGCGUUGCACACCUUCAUUCAGGUAUCCUGUGUUGUGGGACUCAGUUGUGUUCGUUUGUAGCCGAUACAAACGGCUGUCACAGUAGACAAUCCUUGGCGAUUUAACCAUGGCAGGAGUAGGCAGCAGAGACACUAAUUGGGGUUUGACUGAGUCAAACCCAGGCAUCAAAUCCCCACCCACCCACGUAUCAGAACACCGCACAAGAGGUGAUCCCCUGAACUUGGCUCAGCUCUAAAGUUGUACAGUACGUGUGAGUAUGAAUCACUACGGGGUGGGCUGUGGACUACAUACAGUUAUAAUGAAAGCACUAAUUUUAUCUAUGUAGUUUAAUAUCAAUUGUAGCUUAAUGAAAAUAGGUUGUAAAUACCUUUUCCAUAUACUGUAUGUAAAACUGGCUGCUUAAGCACACUGCAAGGAAACAAAGCUUUUGACUGGUACAUUGUGCUGAAGUUCUGUGAGGGGAUGACCUUGGAAUAGAUGUCUUGCAGUCAUUAUCCAUAUCAGUGCACAAAUUAAACAUUUGUAGCAGAUUUGUUUGCAAUUGCUUUGUACUCUUGCAUGUUCCUUGAG